AUGGCCAGGCGUCUCUGCGUAUUGUUAGGCGCCACGAUAACUCUCGUAAAUAUAGCAGCCGCCUUAUCGCUUGCUGCUUCGGUUGCUCUAAACGACAAGAAUAUCGACACGAACAGACGAUCCCUACGGGUUGCGCAGCGCGACGAAGCGAGAACGGUCGCUUCAGUUGAGACAGUGACGGCUUUGGUCAAAAGUAAGAGCCUGAUAAACGAUCUCGCGGACACGUUGCCGUCCAAACUGGCAGAACUGGAGAAGAAGUACCCGAUCGUGAUCCCUGGAGUAUCGGAGGCGUUCAUUAAAGCGCGGUUGAAGUAUGCGUAUUGGUACGGAGUUCCUCCCACGAAAAUAUUCAAAUUUCUGGGACUUCGAGGACAUUCGGAAGCCCGACUCCACGACCACCCGUUCUUCAAAUUCUACCAAGAAUAUGCUCGGAAAUGGGGAAAGUCACAGGAGUAUCUUAGCAUCGCUUGGUAA